UUGAGGUCUGAGAAAGACAGAGUCCCGAUAGUGAACGUGCUUGACGACAAGACAGUAACAAUUACCAAUUUAAAAGUAAGUACAUCAGGCGCGGGUGACAGUAGGGAGCGCGUGCGCCGGUACCACGCCGACUAUACCUUCGACAGCGCUUGCGCGCCCACCAACCCAGAAUAUGCCACUCAGGAAAAGGUUUUCGAGAGCGUCGGCCGUGACGUAAUGUCAUGUCUCUCACGUCUCUCCUCGGUCUGCGUGCUAGCGUAUGGACAGAGUGCCACAGGGAAGACUCACACGAUGAUGGGCACAGAGUCGCAGCCAGGGCUAGUGCCGCGCCUCUGUAGGGAGCUGGCGUCUGUGGAGUGUGACGUCACCAUCAGUUUCCUGGAGAUCUACAACGAGCGCGUCCACGACUUGCUGGUUGGAGAGGAUCCACCACUGACCUUCAACUCGUUGCCGCGGCGGCGUGGCAACGCGCGUAAGGACCUGCGCGUGCGCGAACACCCCACGAGAGGACCUUACGUACAGAACCUACGCCGUGUAGCCGUAACCAACGUUGAGGCUCUGCUCGCGCUAGUGGCCGAAGGCUGCCGCCGGCGACGAACGGCUGCUACACGCCGGAACUCCUCCUCUUCCCGGUCUCAUGCUCUGCUGGAGCUGAGCACGCCCAAGGCAACCUUGCAUCUAGCUGAUCUUGCUGGAAGUGAAAAAGCCAGCUGGGAGGGUGUCGGAGGAGGACGCCAAAAAGAAGGUGCCAAUAUUAACAAGUCCCUCGUGGCUCUUAGCAACGUCAUAUCUGCAUUAGUGAGCGGUAGCAGCGGCCGUGGACGGUUUGUUCCUUACCGGGAUUCUGCUCUUACUUGGCUUCUAAAAGAUUGCUUUACGGGAGGCGCCUGCACUUUUAUAAUAGCAACGGUUUCUCCGAGUGUAGCCUGCUACGGCGAGUCGGCUUCCACCCUACGCUGGACGUCUCGCGCGCGUCAACUGCCUCCCCCGCGCACCGCCCCGUCGGCACGGGCCUCCAUACAGGCCCACUACAACAACUUACUUGCCGAGCUCUGUCGGCAUCAUAUAAGAUACGUUCCAGAAACAGGAGGACUAGUUUAUGAAGACUCUCAUUGGGAUUUAAAGCCAAAAUAUGUGGAAAUUGUAGACACGGCUAAAAUAGGGAACUUUAUGGAUAUGUUGCAACAGAAGACUGAUACCAAACCAGAAUCUGUGGCUUCAGCACACACUAGUUCGGAUGUGCUGAACGCCGCAGAUGAAAAUGUAAAUAUAGCUAACGAAAUCAACAAGGAGGUAGAUAAAUUACUUGUGCCAACGCUAGAAAGGACAAGGAGUGAGCUAGAAAUUGUAGCACCACUCCGACAUAAAAGACGACAUUAUAGGUCUCAAGAAGUGCUGUCAAUCGAUAAGACUCUACACGAGCCAAUGACUGUUCAAACUCAUGAGCGAAUUCGUGAAAAAGCUGGCAAAACUCAUGUUCCUAUUUUAUACGAUAAUCAAAGAGCAGAAAUUGUUGCAUCGGUUACUGAACGGUUGUACUCAAAGUUGAAAAAGAAAGAAGAAGCGGCUGUGUCCAAAGUGGAGUCAAUGGUAGACAAAAAAAUUGUAGAGCCACUAAGUGAGCUAAAAAUUUGCACCAACGCGAGGCAGCGUUUAAUGGAAUUAAGUCAGAAAGCGUUAAGAAAUAAGAGAAGGAUCGGCAUACCAGCCCAUACACAAACACGACGGACUGUUAUCCGAGUAAAAGACCAAGGUAUUGAUGCGCAGACUGACUUGGAAUCAUAUUGUGAUAAAACUAAACACUCCUUAGUUGCUUGUCGGGAUGCUAGCACAGAAACUAAACCUAUAACAUCUCGAUGUAAAGAAAUUGCUAUCGGUCCGAAAUGUGGUUCCUUGAGCUCUUAUGAUAAAUCAACAGUUACUGAAGCCAGGCAAGUUGUUCUAAAAAGCACUUUUGUGAUGACUGACGAUGCGGUGCGAUUUGAUAGAUAUACACAAACUAGAGUCCUACCGCCUCCAAGGCGCAAACGCUCAAGCAAAGCCAAUAUUAGUGAAGUCAAUCAUACGAAUAAAGUAGAAGAAUGUAUGUCUAUGCCCAUUAUCAGCAUAAAUAUUUCUCAGAAAUACGCAGAGUCAGAAUCUCAAAGUUCCGAUGAAUUGGAUUUAUCUAACAAUGGUACUCCUGAUAGAGCUAGCAGUGUUGGAAUCACUCCCGAUCUCCUAACUAAUCAUGGCAAUGUAGAUUCAGCAACUAAAGGUCACAAGGAACCAAUUACAUAUCAAGUUGGUAGUAAUCAAGUUCCCUGUAUAGUUAGCCACAUGAAAGUAAACAAAGGAAACGAUACUUUAAAUUCAUCAAAUUAUAGCACUGAAGAUUUUCCAGAUGCGGAAAACUGUGAAUUACCCCGUGUAUCCGUAAACUGCUCGAGCAAAGUAAGUCAGAAUGAAAUGAAAGAUAUAAUAUUAGGCCGUAAUGAUGACAUAUAUCCAUUCAAUAUCAUACUUUCACCACCUCGAGAAAACAAUACAAAAAGGAUCGUGAAGUUUAAAGAAAACAUAUUAAGUCCUCCAGAACAAGAUGAUACAACGAGUAAACUGUUAGAAGAUAACGAAGUCCAAUACUUCAAUGACGGUACGAAUUCUCAGAUAGACUUGACUAAAAUGAAUGAUCAUGAAAAACACGACAAUACUAUAAAUUAUAAUUCUGAUAUGAUUGAUAAAGAAACAGAUAACGAUGGUGCUUCUCAAGCAUGUACUUCUUCUGGCUCCGUAGACUCUGGUAAAGUAGAUUCAGAUUCAUUUAUUUGGGAGCAAGGUGGCUCUGAUCAUAUAGACUAUAAACCAUAUAAUAUGACAAAUCAUCAAUACACACCCGUAUACAAAAACCAAUCAAAGUAUAGAACUGCUAAAUCCCGACUUUACAGAGAAUUUUUAGGAUUAGACAAAGAACAAUCUGAAAAAGAUAAGCGUUUUUACGAAUCAUUAAACUGGGAUUUCAGCUCCAGUGAAAGCAAUCAUACUGAUAACACACGAUAUAAAUUCUUAAAAAGCAAAAAAUUCUUUGAAGACCAGAACAAGAAAUAUAACAAACCAAACGAUAUUUAUGAUCAGCUCGAAAAACAAGUACUUGAUUCGUGUAACAGUUUAGAAAUUUCUGCCGAUAAGUACAAUAGGUAUUUGGUGCAAUAUCGCAGGAAUUCUACAGAAUACUCGAACGUAAGGACCCCAAAGAAAUAUUUGCAACAUUUAGUGCAAUUAAGGAGAGAAGUAGUCAAAGCUGACAGCGACACUACAGACAGUCAAAACUAAAUCGA